CUACGACGGGCCGUCUACCUCCAAUCACCGGUUGCAGGGCAUUCUGUUUACCUCUUCAAUCAUUUUAAUCUAGACUUCCUCUACCCCAAUCUUUAAAAAGCUUUGCAUUUGUCGGAUAUUAUAUUUUCCCAGAGCUCUUGCUCCACUCCGCUCCGCUAGCAGUCGGGGAGGUGCCGUUACAACUUGAGUUUUUCCUUGACUCCGCGGGUUGAACAUAGAAAAGAGGAGGCAUCCCAAGAUUACUUCCAUAAUGAAUCCUGAAGAGAACGAGGUUAAAGAUGAGCGUCUGCAGCAUCAGGAAGAGGGGGCUGAUGAUGAGGAAGAGAUUGCGGCGAUGAAGAGACGGGUAGCCGAAAUGGAAUCUGAGGCGGCGAAGUUGCGCGAGAUGCAAGCCACCCUUGAUCAACAGUCCGAGAACCUGCGGGAAGAUAAGGAAGAGAUCGAUGCGCGGAGUAUUUUCGUCGGCAACGUUGACUACGGUGCUUCCCCGGAGGAGAUUCAGGCGCAUUUCCAGAGCUGUGGCUCAAUAAACCGUGUUACUAUUCUCCUGGAUAAGUUCACGGGUCAGCCGAAAGGGUACGCAUAUGUAGAGUUUGCAGAGCCUAGCUUGGUGGCCCAGGCACUUGUUCUAAAUGAGAGUGUUUUCCGUGGCAGGAACCUUAAGGUUGUCCCCAAGCGUACCAACGUGCCCGGCAUGACUCGAGGUCGCGGACGAGGUGGCUUCCGAGGCCGGGGUUUCUUCCGUGGCGGUUAUCCCCCUCGGGGAGGCUACCGCGGAGGCUAUCGUGGUGGCCGGGGUCGGGGCUAUGCACCUUACUAAAAUGCAUGCAACGUAUGCCGCCACGCCGAGGGCGAAUAGUUCGCAGAUAAGAGCAAGCGAGCUCGAACGAGUCAAGUGAAAGAGGAAUACGGCCGAACACGUCCACAUUAAAUCGAUAAAUCGUGAGGUUUCUCUGAUUUCAUGGAGAAUACUUUGGAGUUGGGGAUGGAAUGUACUGUAUGAUAACCAUCUGGCAACCGGUAGGAUGGAUGGAUUCCGCUUGUUUCUAUGAUAUCACCCAUAUUCUACUGGGGUUUCUUUUAUUAUUUUUUUUUUUUAUUUUGAUUUCGUUAGGAUCAUCGUCAUUUUUUGAAAGCAUAUCUUACAGGGUCAAUGGAAAACACUAUGUUGUCUCCCUCUAUUUAUUUUUCACGUGUGGUGUGGUGUGUGUGUGGGGGGGGGGUAAGGAUACGAUGUAUACGGAGCUAGGUACUAUGUACGGGGUGAUUGCGACGUUUAAGGAUCAAACCAUGGCGAUGAACCUGGUAAGUAGGUAAACUGAAGCAGUGCGCCCCACUGCCUAUAAUCCGUCGUACUGUCUGUACUCCGAGUAUGCUCCUAAACGAUGACAAU